CCAUUCACGCCAUGCCACAUGGACCUAAAACCAGAACCUGCUGAUUUCCUCGCCUCAUUUCUUCUCUGCUCUUAACCACAUAGCUCCGAAACAUAUGUCUUCAAUGGCGGCGGUUUUCGUUAAUGGAUUUUUCUUAAACCCUCCUAAACCGGUUCAUACACCCUUCAAUCGACGACCCUUAAUCGAUGCGAGUUCUUUCAAUGUCCCUCGUCGGGUUUCCUCCGACAACUCUGCAUACAUAUUGGUUUCUCAGUUCCGUAGGUCAUCUAAUUCCAGGAUAAGAAGCCUUCAGGACGAGAAUACUAAUAAAGAUAACCCAGAGGAAAAACAGGAGGUUGCAGAGGUACCUGAAGAUCAAAACAUAGGUGCUGCUAGUACAGGUAGUUCAUUUCUGGCAAAAUUAUCAAUUGCCUUGGUUGUAGCGGCAACUAUCACGGUCAUAUCCAUUGGCUUCAAGCCAUCUGGUCCUGGAUCAUCACUAGGAGUUCAAUGUCUGGCUGAAGGUUCAUCAACUUUAGCCAUGGCUUCCCCUGUUGGUUUCACGUUCAAGGCUUUUGGAUAUAGAUUUGUAAUUCCAGAAUAUGCGCCAGGAUGGAUCUACUUCUGGUUGCUUAUGGCUGCAGGAUGUGGACUUUUUAUUAGCGAAGAGGCUCUAAAUAUAUGGGUUGGUGUAUCUUUCGCGAGGAUGCUCUCAUUUGAUGGCACAUGGCAGUCCUUUAUUGAAUCUUUCUCCAGAAAUGCUCCUUACAUAGUAUCAACUGUUCUGUGGGUAUACUGGGGAGUUUGUAUAAGUGAUAUGAUACCAUUUUACCUUGGGAAGCUUUUCAGGCAAAGUGGGGCAUCUGAUGAUGUCUGUUCAAAGUUAGGGAUUGGGAAAGAAAAAGCAACAAGCAUCACACGCGUUGUUCAAAGAUAUGGCAAUCUUGUAGGUGUUGUUGAGCGAUUUUCUCUUGGAGUAAGAAAUCCUACUGCUUUUCUGGCUGGUGCCCUGGGUAUAUCUCCGGAUGUUUUUUUUGCUGGAGUUUGUUGUGGUGGCUUGAUUACUCUUCCAAUUCAGCUUGGAAUUGGAUUUCUUUUGAGGGAGAAUCCUAUACUUGGCAUUGCAACUGUUGCAACAGCAGUGGGAAUUUGGACCAUCUUUCCUUAUGCUGCGGCUGCUGCAACAGCACUAUUCCUUUUUGUGCAACAGCGCUACUCUCCCUAGUCUAUCUAAAAUUUAUUGGCUGCUCCAAACAAUUACAUGAGAAAUGGAGCAUACCAGCCAUCAUUUAUUGGUUGGAUGGUAGUUGCAACCUUUGGUUGAAUAGAGAGAUAAAGUUUGAAAAUUGAUAGUUCUAUUGAUCUUCAAAUUCGAGCAUAGUUUAUCCAAGUAUCUUUUCUCAGUUAUGCAUGGGGUAGUUACUUGUCUAGUGGUCCAGGUAAAUCAGAUGCAAUAAGCAGCAAAAUUAGGUUAUAUAGUUCACUCUAACCUGAUUCCUUCUUAAGAUAUUUGUUCUCAGCUUGAUAUCUAUUUGUAUCAUCUUAUUGACAUACUAAUUGAUAUAUAAAUUUUUUUGUACAUGGGUU